AUUACGAGGAGGAAUCGUGAUAUACGUAGCCGUGUCGCUUGUGGUAACGUUUGCUGUUAGCCAUAUUCAGCAUUUGCCCCACUGAGUGAAACCAACGGUACGGACAGCCGUAUUUGUUGACGGGAUGCGCCUAAAGUUAUGGGACUUCCUCUUUUAUACAUUCUGAACAACUUUCCGUUUCCGCGUUUUGCAUCAUAUUUGACUUUGAAUCUGCAUCUACAUAGGACAUGGAAACAGUAGCAGCAACACUCUCGUUUCUCCGUAUCGCAACCUAGAUCGCUGGAUGUUUCACUAGUACCCCGCGACCGUCACGCAGCAGCCUCGGCAUCUAUAGCUGCGAACAACUGCAAGCACUACCUUGAUUGCUACGACAGUGUAUUUUUAUGGGAAACAUAAUAGAUCAAACGAUACAAUGAGUCCGAAUACUGCCCACGAAGCCUUCAAGGCGCUUGCGCCCAUCGAUUGGGACAAGAUCGACCCCGACGACGUUGGCGCCUUCAUGAAGGACACCUUUGGCGACGCCCAAUGUCUCAUCGACUCGAUACCCAUAUCCCUCACCUCUAACGUACAACAGAACGGCCGGCCGCGCUCCGCAACGGAUCCAGUCUCUCCCCAGCUCCCAGGUAGAGCACCUAACUCGUCGGAACGGGCUCAGCAACUACGGAAAGAGUGGAAGGAAGUACAAGUAAACCCGCGCGACAACCCACUAGGAGUUAAUGUAUACCGGCUGGGCGCCAAGGACAAGAAGGGAGCAUGGUUCGCCCGCAGGAGCAUACAUGAAGGCCUAUCGUUCGAGAAAUGGAAGCUGGGCAUGGAGCGCGAGUUUGCCGAGAGCUUGAAAGUCCAGGGGAAGCCCGGUGAUGGCAAGAUUCGAGGCAUUGGCGCCGACAAGCGGGUCGUCAACACGGUACUGGACGGCGUGGGCAAGAUGGAGGUCUACCAGCUUUCGGCACAGUUUCCUGGCCCCACGACCCCGCGAGACUUUAUCACUCUGCUCCUCAGCUCGGAUUGCGGCCUCGAGGCGCCGAUGCAGGAAGGUCUAGGCAAGCCCAGGUAUUUCAUGGUUGUUUCCAAACCUUGCAUACAUCCCGAGUGCCCGCAGCGUAAUGGCUACAUUCGAGGACAGUAUGAGUCGGUGGAGUUCAUUCGCGAGAUCAAGGUUGAGAAGCCGCUGCGCAAGGUGCGCUCCUCGAUCGAUCUGGCUGGUGAGGAGGCAGCGAUACGAGCUAAAGUGGCCGAGGAUCUUAAUAAGAAAGCCUUGACACGCUCAGCCAGCACCCGUGGAUUUGCCAUGUCCAGUUCCGCAUCCGAUGCUGGAGACCAGGAAGGGCGGAAGCGAGGUCGAACUAUCGCCUUUGCUGGCACCGGGAAAGAAGGCCAAGAUAACGACGAGGAGAGCGAGACUUUAGUUGAGUGGCUGAUGGUGACUCGAAGUGAUCCCGGAGGUAGUGUACCGAGAUUCAUGGUUGAGAAGGGCACCCCCGCCGGUAUCGCCGGUGACGCGGAAAAGUUCCUUAAAUGGGUCUCGUCGGCCCAUCUCGAGGACUUUAGCCAAGACGAUCACAUCGAUGAGAAGACGAUGGAUGAUGCCACGGAGGCCCACGAGAUUGGCCAGCAGAAGCGUAUGCCCACAACUGGUCCUACAUCGAAUGUCAUCAACAAUCCCGCGGCCAAACCGGGUCCUGUACCGGUUGAGGAACAGGUGGAAGCACCAGGCGGCUUCUACGGAAUGAUCGCCAAUGCCCUAGGGGCAGCUGGCUCGGCUUUCGCCGCGCGUCUCCCGGCCCCGUUCGGGUCUGCGAAGGGUGGCGACACCGACUCGGACCUGUCAACGAGUUCCUUAGACGGAGAUGACACCACAUCAGAUUACAGCUUCCACAGCUUCGCCUCCGACCACGAAGACGACUCCAAACUGUCCAAGUCGGAAACCAACUCCCUCCUCACGCCCACUGUCACAAAUGGCGAGGCGCAAUCUACGCACUCGUCCGAAUCAGCAGCGGGCAAAUAUACCGUCCCCUCCCAACAUGAGAAAGACCUCCGCAAGCUCGAAGACCGGCGCCGCAAACUACAAGAAAAGCUCCAGCGGUCCCAGGAGCGCACCCUCACCAAAAAGGAGCAGGAUGCUAAGAACGACGAAUCCGCCCUGGCCAAGCUACGUGAAAAGCACGAGCGCGAAGUAGCCAAGCAAGAAGAAAAAUAUCGGAGGGACCUCAAGCGGCUCGAAGAAAAGCGCGCGCACGACCAGCGCAAGGCUGAGGAGCGGAAGCGGAAAGCGGCUGAGAGAGAAGAGAAACGGAAUAUUUCGAUGGAGUUGGAGAAGACGAGGGCGGAGAGGGAUAUGGCGAGGAAGCAGAUUGAUAUUUUGAAGGAGCAGGUUGGGGAACUGCAGAGCCAGAAUACGCUGCUUGUGGCGAAGCUCGGAAAAGCGGGCUCGGCGGAGGCGUUGGAGGAGCUGAGGAAGAGUGUGACGUACUCUAGUCGGGAAGGGGCUGCAGAGGCUUAGGUGGACGAGCAGCUCGUGAGGUGAAGAGACUCGUUUCAGUGAUUGAAGUGGAUGGUUGAACACACGGUACCACGAGCCGUAUGGAUGGAUUGGUUGAGCGUCGUUACGGCCUUUCGGCUUGUCUUAUUUUGCGUCGAAUUAAAGCAAGCAAUUAUGCAUAUACUAUACCAGUACCGGACUUGUGUCCGGCACACGAGCACGCAAUCAUUUCAGGACGGGUAAAUAGGAGUCCUUGAAAUGAUUGAUGAUCUACAUGAAUCGAGUUUGGGUGAAUUAUAGACCGGAACGGAGGUUAAUAAAUUCAUAUUUCAGAG